AUGAGGAUCUUUGGCGACUCCUCUGCCUGCGCUGCCAUCCAACAAACCACUGCAAACACUAAACACACAGACGCCUUCAUGCUUAAGCUGCAAGUUUUCUUCUGUAACUUCUCUAAAGCUACUUGGAUUGAUGUCCGUCAUACAGGUGGGAUACUGGUCUACAGUGAGAGUGUGAUUCCUCGUAUCGCCAAAGCAGCGAGUGGCGUCACAGGAACCCCCUAUAAUGAGCUCAUGAACUCAUGGGGGGUUUAUUUCCUUGGAUUCGUGGGGAAAUACGGAUAUGACAGAAUCCUUAAGGUGUUAGGCCGCCAUGUGCGUGAUUUUGUGAAUGGUCUGGAUAACCUGCAUGAGUACCUGCGCUUCAGUUAUCCAAAAGUCCAGCCUCCGACCUUCUUCUGCCAGGAGGAAUCAGCUACAGGAGUUACACUGCAUUACAGGAGCAAACGUAAAGGUUACCUGCACUACGCCAUGGGUCAGCUCAGACAGAUGGGAAAACAGUUCUAUGACACUGACAUCCAUGUUGAGGUUUUGUCUGAGCAGCUGGUGGGAGAUUAUUCACACGUCACCAUGAGAUUAAACUUUGAUAACUCUGCGUAUCGAUAUAUCCAGAAGGAGGAUGAAGAGGAACAAGAGAUCCUCCCCAUCACCAGUGACUUUUUCUUUGAAGUUUUUCCCUUCAACAUUGUUUUCAGACAGGACAUGGUUGUGCAUAACGUAGGCUCGGGAUUGGCGACCGUCUUUCCUGAUCUGGAUGGGAAGAAGAUCAAUGAUGCUUUUCUGCUUGCUCGUCCUCUUGUGGAGUUCACAUGGAACAUGAUCAUCUCCCAUCCCAACAACCUGUUUGAGAUCAUGUCUAAGGAGCCGGUGAAACGAGAGCAAAAGAAAUCCAGUAAACUAGAGGAAAGCAUGAAAAUGUUGGACUACGAGAUGAAAAAGACAGAUGAUCUUCUGUACAGAAUGAUUCCCAAACCUGUUGCUAAGCGACUGCGGAAGGGAGAACCAGCUGUGAACACCUGCGAGGUGUUUCCUGAUGUGACCAUCCUGUUCAGUGAUGUGGUGGGCUUCACUCGUAUCUGCAGUCAUAUCACACCCAUGCAGGUGGUCUCUAUGCUCAACACCAUGUACACGCUCUUCGACACGCUCAGUGAGAAACACAGAGUGUUUAAGGUUGAAACUAUAGGUGAUGCAUACAUGGUGGUGGCAGGCGCUCCAGAAAAGACCAAGUAUCACGCUCACAAUAUUUGUGACAUGGCUCUAGAUAUGGUUCGUUCUAUUGAUCAUCUCAAAGACCCGUCCAACGGAAACAACAUCCAGAUUCGCGUGGGAAUUCACUCUGGUAUGGUGGUGGCUGGGGUCGUAGGUCACAAGAUGCCUCGCUACGGUCUUCAUGGUGAUACAGUCCACACGGCGUCUGCCAUGGAGAGCAAUGGGAAGGAAAUGCACAUACAGCUGAGCAGCGCUACUUAUGAGCACCUGAAAGGAAGUCACUUUAUCUUCGAGAGACGCGGUACCAUCACCAUCAAGGGGAAUGUGGAGAUUGAGACGUACUGGCUGAAAGGAAAGAGAGAUAAAGAUGGAAACGCUCAGGCCGCAUGCCCGCAGUUUGAAGCCCAGACCAUCAGUAAAGCCGCCAUCUCUGCCCCCGAACCGCCCAUCGAUGAGGAAGUGCUGGUGUUCCCCUCAGUGGCAGGUGAGGAUGAGGACGAUGUGAAAUCUAUCCGCUCUCACCGCAUGAAGAUGGAAACCUCUGGAAACUCUCUGGAGGAGUCGAUGGAGGAGUGUCGUGUUGAAGAAGCGUCCGUCAGUAAGUCUCAUUAUAAGGACGCUCUUCAGGACAGCAGUCUGCAGGACCCACACAUUGAACUCGACUCGGCUGAGUUUGACGCUCGAGAUUCAAUAAUGGAGUCUCCUGCUGGCUCCUGUGACUCCUGCGGCUCUGAGAAGAGCACCAUGUGCUCUGUGUGCUAA